UUUUUAAUUUUCUGUUGAUGUGCUGAAUUUAUCAUGUUUUACUGUUUAGAUUGUUGGCACUCUAUCUAAAAGUUGCGUGGAAGGCGUGUUAGGUGGUGUUGACACUUCAGAAUGUACUGCAGCACCAUUGGAUCAUGCUACCUCAUGUUUCAAAUUAAUGGAGAAAGAUAAUGAUUCCAUCUCUGUGAUGUGUACUGAUGUAGUUUUGCCUGAAAAGUUGAAAGAGAACACCUUAGUGAUGGAAGAAGUGUCUGCUGCAACUGUGCCAUCAACAGUGUCAGUUAGUCCACAAGCAUCCAUUUCAGCAGAAGGUGCUUCGUCUACGACAAGGCCAAUGAAAAGGAAGAAACAUCAUAAUAGUAGCUUGAAGACAAGGACAACAACAGUUGAUAUCCAGGAGGAGUUUGUAGAAAUGGAGAGGGAAAAAGAAAAGCAGCUACAAGAGUAUAGGUCAAAGAAGAUAAAACUAUAUGAAAGAAUGUUUUCUCAACAGGAAGAGAUGCUUCAGUUACAGAGGAGGAGUACGUUGGCAUUAGAAUCACUUGUUACAAAGCUUUCCGGAAAUUAUUCCACUGAGUCCCCAUUUUCAGUGUCACCCAUUAUUAAAUUUUCCGAUUUAUCUUGAUACAUAUGAAUUAUGUAACAGAUGUUUAUAAGUCAUCAUGAAGUGGCAGGGGGCAUAUAUACAUUCUGUCAUUACCCCUUCUACCUUAAAUCUAAUGCAAGUGAGGUAGCGUAGAUUCUAAACUUUACAUGUUACAAAUAUUCUGAAAUCCUAUUUUUAACAAGAGGCCCAUGGGCCACAUCGCUCACCUGAGCACCAAGGUUAGGACUAGUAUAAAAAAGGCUUUUUAUUAUAAAGUUUAAAUCCAAAGGUAGUCCCCAUGACCAAUCAUGGAUUUGCUAUUUUUUAGAAAAUGAUUGAGAAGAAGAUUUUUAAAGAAUUUUCCUAUAUAUUUCUAUGUAAAACUUUGGUCGGCCAUUUUGGCCCCACCCUACCCCCGGGGGUCAUGAUUUGAAUAAAUUUGAAUCUGCACUACCUGAGGAUGUUUCCCCAUAAGUUUCAUCUUUCCUGGCACAGUGGUUCUUGAGGAGAAGAUUUUUAAAAUAUACCACUAAAUUUUCAUUAAUUUACAAUUAUCUCCCCUUGAAUAAGGGUGUGGCCCUUUAUUUGAACAAACUUGAAUCCCCCUCACCCAAGGAUAAUCUGUGGCAAGUCAAAUGAUAUAAUCCAAAGCAUUUUUUUACACCAAAAGAAGAUUGACAAGAAAUUUUUAAAGAAUUCAAUUGUUUGUAUUCUUUUUCAUUGCUACAAAUUAAGUUAGAAUUUUCCAAGGCAGUUUCAGUGACA